CCGCGCCGAUAAUCGUCCUCAAGCUCCGGGGCCUACAGCGCCAACUCCAACGCCCGCAACCGCUGAAGCUCACUGCAGUAUUUCCGUUUCCGCCCCUAGUGACACUCGCCCGAUUGAUGCACGCCCACAUCGAGCCUCGAGAGAUAGAGGGCAGGCAAACCAAACCAAUCCCUCCCCUACCUUAGCCAAAGAAAAGGAAGCCCGUCGCCUUCACGCAAAAGACAAGUCAAGACUUCAAAAUUUCGUACUCGCCACGUGUGGUUGCUAGUGUCCUUCUCCGAGCCGUUGAUUUGACCUUCAAUCGGAUAGUCCAGGUGUUGAAGGGUUUAAAAGCUCGCCAUUUUAGGCCUUGGUGGACUACGAAUUGACCACCCAUUGUGAUCAUGUUACAAUCCCCGUCAUCUUCCGCCCCAGCUACAGUAGCUGUAGUCGAGGGGGUCGACAAGACAAGAAGAUUGCGCCGAAAGAGAAAGGCAGAGACACAAGACAAUGAGCGUCUUUCUAAACGCUUGAGUCUCCUUAAUCUAGAACGGAGCGGGAACAAGUUAUACGUCCCUGUCGAACAGCCAACAACAGCUUCAAUUUCUUCUGCUGCUCCAGUUCCUACCCCUUCCAAUGUUGUUUCCAUUCCAGUUCCCGAUGAGGCCAUGCAAUUAGACGAUUCCAAACAUAAAGUAUACAUCUACAACAUGGAUGAUGAGCUCUCCUCCGAUAGCGAAAGCGAUGACCCGGGCAAGCUUGUCUUCUUACCAGAUAUCGAAAAGCAUCUGCGCGCGAAUCGCAUCCCCCCAUCGGUAUUAGCCAACAGCGAGGGAGAACUAGCCGGCAUGCAGGUGGUGCUGUAUAGUGACCCCAAGUCAUUGACGGUGCCAGAGGACAAAGAUAGUGUGCGCAAGGCCAUCAUUGAGUCGAGGAAUCGCACAAGAGAGCUACAGCGGCUAGAAAGGGAGGGUAAAACGGAGGCCCCAACGAUACAAGACGCCACGUUGAAUACUGGGAUUGCCACGAGUACAGAUGAUGACCCAGACGCGAUGGAAUUGGACUAGAAGAAGGGAGCCAUCCGUAUAUGACGCCCGAUACACACACUUAUAUAUACCCAGGGCGACUGGAGUUGGUUUACUGCGAAUUGGAAAAGAGAGCCUGGCGCUUGAACGCCGGCAUUUGCUUGUAUUUCUAUGCUAGCUACAUUCAUUGAUUGACCUUCAAUUUCAUGCUUUCUCACAUGGCCGCCCAGCGACUUCUGAACCGUUACAUGGUUCAAGAAUCAAUCAUCCAUGCAUAUAUGCCUCUUGACCGAACCCUUCCAGCGCCUAACAUCGUUUAUCGGGGAGGCGGAGGUCCUGUUGGAGGGGCAUAAUAGUCUGCCGGUCCAUCGGCCUGUCUCUGCUGUCCCUGCGCCGGGUCGAUCUUUGAGGCAUUCGGGGGCUCUUCGUACAUGGGAGGUCGUGAUGGGUCGUAGACUGGUGGAGGAGGCAUGUUAUGCAUGGGAUAUCCGCCAGGCUGGGCGUAGUUUCCAGGAGGAGCGUAGUAGUAUCCGUUAGGAGGAUAUGCGUAACGGGGAUCGACCUGAGCCAUCAUGCGCCUACUAACAAAACACUGCGGAGGGUUAGAAUUGGUGUUUUGGGUGUGUAUCACAGGUGCGACUUACUCUAUGAUAUGCUAGUGGUCGUAAACCCUUUUGGAUUCUCUUCUUUGCAUGCCAGUAUCCUCCGACGAUCCAGAGUGUAAAAAGAAGUACGAUCACGGCGAGGAUGGUCCAUUUGACGAUAU